UUGAGUUCAUAUGUGGCAAGCUGAUCGGUCUUGAGGAGAUGAUGCACGAGUUGGUCAUGAGAGGUGAAGGAGGAGGAGAAGGAGGAGGAGGUGCUGCACACAGGCUGGUCGUCUCCCUCUGUGAGCCUGAAUUCUGUGGAGACAAUUACAAUAAGCAACCUUUCUCUUGGUCUCUCUUUGGAAAUUUGCACAUGCAUCGCUAAAUGGCGGAGGAAGUUUUAAACGAGCCAGAUGGAAAACUUAGAGGGCAUUUAACCUCAACCCUGCUAGCAGCAGCAUUGCUCUCAUCUUUUGGCAGCUCUAUGCUCUAUGGCUAUAACCUAGCUGUAGUCAAUUCUCCCGCUCAGUACAUAAAGGACUUUUAUAACCGCACUGCAGUGAGGCGUAAUGGGCGUGGUCUGAGCAAUGACAGCAUCACAGCGCUUUACUCCAUUACCGUGUCCAUUUUCGCCAUUGGUGGACUGGUAGGCUCCCUCACUGUGGGAAUGCUAGUCACCAAAUUCGGAAGAAGAGGGACACUGGUGAAGAGCACAUUUCUGGUGUUUGUAUCUGGUGGACUGAUGGGCUUUAGCAGGCAUAUUGGUGUUCCUGAGAUGAUCAUCAUCGGUCGCUUCAUCACAGGAAUACAUUCAGGGAUUUCUCUUAGUGUAGUGCCCAUGUUCCUGGGAGAAAUCGCUCCAAAGAACCUCCGUGGUUUCCUGGUCCUUGUGCCUAGCAUCUUCAUCUGUAUUGGAGUUUUCAUUGCUCAAAUUCUGGGACUUCAUGAAGUCCUGGGAAAGGAAGAGCACUGGCCUCUUUUCCUCUCUCUGGUCGUGGUUCCAACCAUUAUUCAACUAAUGUUAUUGCCAUGGCUUCCUGAGAGUCCUCGUUACUUGUUGAUUGAGAAACACAACAUUCACGCUACUCUCAAGGCUCUGAGGUGGUAUAGAGCAAAAGCUAAUAUCCAGGCGGAGGUGGAGGAGAUGCAGAAGGAGCAGCGCUCACUCUCUUCAGUGAGGACCGUCUCAGUGUAUGAACUGCUAAAAGACAGAGCCGUCCGCUGGCAGGUCAUAUCAGUCAUGGUCAUCAACAUAGGCAUGCAGCUGUCUGGCAUUGAUGCAAUUUGGUUCUAUACAAAUUCCAUCUUCGAGAAUGCGGGAAUCUCUGUCUCACAGGUUCAGUACACAACAGUGGGCACAGGUGCCAUUGAGGUCAUUGCUGGACUCAUUGGAUGUUUUACUAUUGAGCGAGUAGGUCGCAGGCCUCUGAUGAUUGGUGGAUUCAGCUUUAUGGGUAUUUGUUGUGCAGGCAUCACCCUUUCUCUUGUUCUACAGGCUCAUGUGCCCUUCAUGCACUAUGUCAGCGUGACCUGCGUGGUGGGCAUCAUUGCAGGAUUCUGCAUUGGGCCUGCUGGAGUGCCCUUCCUUAUGACAGGUGAGCUGUUUAAGCAGUCUCACCGACCCUCGGCAUACAUCGUUGGGGGCGCACUCAACUGGUUAUCUAACUUCACUGUCGGAUUUGUCUUCCCAUUCUUACAGAUGUCAGCAGGGGCUUUCUCUUACCUGGUAUUCUUUGGCAUUUGUAUGGGCGUGGCAGCCUACAUCUACUUCAUCAUCCCUGAGACAAAGAACAAGACAUUUGUGGAGAUCAGCCAGAUGUUCGCUUCUAGGAACAACUGUGAGCUUGAGGGUGAACAGCUGAUCAUCACUGAGCAUCUUGGCCUCAGGAUGCAGAACAGAUAUGGAGCAGUGGAGAAAAAAGGAAAAGAGGAGAUGUACAUGUGGAGUGAUGACGAAUCCGAUGAGACCCCUCAUACUACACUAUACCAUAACAACAACUAGGACCUGGCAUAUUCCUCAAGAACUUUGAUUGGAUUGUGAAUCUGAGAAGAUACAGGUCAACCCAAAAGCCUCAAGACAUCUGAGAUAGAUUUACCUGGAUAUAUGUAAUUAUUCAAUGCUUAUCUGCCAUUCUUAAUAUUAGUUCACUAAAAUAUAAGGUUGUCUGACCAACAAAAUAAAUAAGAAAAAUUCUGUUUAAAACCAGGCAUAUCGAUUAAUAUUAGAGGUCGACCGAUUGAUCAGUUUUGCUGAUUAAUCGGCACCAAUAAUAAUAAUAAUAAUAAUAAUAAUAAUAAUAAUAAUAAUAAUAAUAAUAAUAAUAAUAAUCCACACUGAUAGUUUUUCCCAGUUGCGUCUGUUGCACUGACAAGUGUUUUUUUUUUGGUUUUUUUUCCAUUCAUUUUGGAUGUCUCUAUUUUUUAUUUGGUAUUUGGAGUGUUACCUUUUGGUGCAGUUUGGAUGUACAUCUUUUACUUUAAUAUUUAUUCAUAGUUUAUAUAUUAAUAUUUAUAUAUGUAUUUUGUUUGUUUGUUUUUUAAAUACAGUACAUUUUAAAUACUGGUACAGUUAGUACUGUUUAUUUUUGUAAUAACGUUCAGCAAUAUUUUACUUUGUUAUGUUACUGUUGAUUACUGAUACUAUCAGAUGAUUAAUCGGUUAUCGGCAGGUACUGCCCAACUUAGUUAUCGGUAUCGGUAAAAUCCACUAUCGGUCGACC